UAGUAGUAGGUUUGUUGACCUAAAAACAGAACAAGAUAUCAAAAAAAAAUGAGUGAAUCUAAUAAGUGUGUUCAAGUGCGCGAUAUCUUGACCGAGGAGCAGAUUGGCCACAUCGUGACUCGUUCUGUAGGGUCGGGUCAGGUGCUGGAAACGGCCAUCCGACCGGCCACUGACGGGCUAGCGGGCUUCGUUGGUGACCACUACCGUUUGACCUUAGAGGUGGCAGUAGAUGGCAGGAGACACAAUUUACCGCUGUUUGUGAAGGCCGUGCCACGACACAACGAUGCCAAGAUCAGCUUUAUAAGGGAGAACGGGUUCUUCAAGCGAGAGAUGACGGUGUUCAAGAUCAUUGAAGACUUGGAGACAGGUCCAACCCCAUGUGUAGCAAAAGCCCUCUUCUACAGCGAUUCAGUGCUAGUGAUGCCUGAUUUGGCCGCCCAGGGUUACUCCAUCCGCAACCAGCUGGAAACCUUCGACUCACCUCACCUACUCGUCGCUCUAAACUCCGUAGCUCGCUUCCAUGCUGCCUUUGCCAACUAUGAGACUAAGAAAAGCCUUGCCAAUAACCGCCCAUACUCUGUUUUAGAAGACCAUGGAGACAUUAUAGUUGAAACUACUUUUAAAGACACAGCCUGGAUACACACGGCUGCUAAACUAACAGCUAAUAUGAUAGAACGAUUAUCAAAGUACAAAUCUAUCCCUAAUUUAAAAGACAGCGUUUUAAACCAAUUUUUAUCCGGAUGUAAAGAUUUGAAAGCGAGUGACAGUUUAAACGUGAUCAUCCAUAAAGAUCUGUGGGUUAAUAACAUCAUGUUUAAAUACGAAAAUGACGUUCCUAUCAAUGCGAUUAUACUUGAUUUUCAAUGCGUACGCUACGGUCCUCCAGCGUUCGAUGUUCUCAUGUUAAUAUACCUAACUACUUCUCGAAGUUUCCGACAAGAAAAUGAAGAUUUAAUUCUGAAUAACUACUUUGAAACCUUUAUAGAAUAUUUAGAUAUGGACACAAAGCUCAGAUUAAAAACUUUAGGGUAUGAUUUUGAAGAUUUUCAGAAAUGGGUUUGUAAAGCGCGUCGUUUCGCAAUGGUGGCAGUGCUGUCUAUAUUCCCUUUCGUGUUAAUGGAUUCGUCGACGGCGAGCGAGACGUUUGACGACCCGGACACGUAUGGCCGGUUGAUGUAUGAGGACCGGACAGAGGUUGUGUUGGCGCACGCGAUGAGGUGUCGUGAGUACGGUAGCCGGCAGGUUGAGCUAGCUGAGGAGUUUGUGGAGAGGUUUCUAUUGUGAAUCUUUCUCACUUGGUUUCAUCGGAAGAUCAGCGCUGGAAGUCACCAGCAACAAGCAGAGAUGAGGCCAUUUCGUUGCACUUAUUUCCUUUCUGUUUUCUUAUAAUGUGUAAAUUGUGUAAUUUGUCUUGCCUGUGUUCACGAAUAAAUGUUUAUUGUUCUAUAUAUAUAUUGAACCCUUUGCUGCAUACAAAUUAAACAUUAUGUGCGUAGGACUAUGAUAUUCAAAUGUAUUACAGCUAUCAAAGUUUAAAAAAAUCAACUCAUGCGGUAAAGGGUAAAAGAAGUUCA